AUGUACAAGAUGCACCACCCCAAAUCUGACGUGGACAGGCUGUACUGGCUCAGAACUGAAGGAGGUAGAGGGCUCAUACAACAUCAGCUUUCCUGCAAGUCAACCACUAUCGGUCUUGAUAAAUACCUCCAGGAGACGCAGGACACCCUCCUCCACGUUAUCAAAGACCAUGACGGCAGGAAACCCUUGUACUCCAUCAGCAGACAGUCAAUGAGGUUAAGUCGGGAACUGGGAGUGCCUGUAAUACCACCUGCAGAGGAUGAGGCGAACACCACCUAUGCCCGCAGAACAAGGGCCAAGGCCAAACACUAG